AUGAAUCAAUCACCCCAUCGCCUGAACUUGUUCGCACUGACACUGCUCGGUGCAUUGGCAACCACAUCCCUGCUGGUGCCACCCAGCUACGCUGGCGAAGCUUCCGUUGCCGGGCCUGUCGCCGGCACCAAGGUCACCGAACCCUAUGUGCGCAUGAUGGCGCGCGAAGCGUAUUUCCGGGGUUGGCCGAUGGCCAAUAUUUUCAACCGUCGCCAGGCCUUCAAAGACCUGCCCGAACCGGGCUUGAUGGUGAUUACAUUGAUCCGGCGGAACGGGCUGGUCGCAUGCCCGAAUCAGGAUGUGGUGUACGGCGCGGGCAGCAUCGCGCUGGAUCUGGAACCGGUCGUGCUGCAAGUGCCGGACUUCGGCAGCCGUUUUUGGGUGUAUCAGGUGGUGGAUCUACGCUCCGAUAGCUUUGCCGAACUCGGCAAGAUGUACGGCAGCAAACCCGGCUUCUAUCUGCUGGUUGGCCCUGACUGGAAUGGCAAGGUGCCUGCGGGCAUCACCAAAGUCUUUCGGGCACGUACCAGCACCGGCUUCGUGAUUCCCCGAGUGUUCCAGGACGAUACCGCAGCCGACCGCACAGCCAUUCAAGCGUCGCUGUCGGGCGUGGACAUGUACCCGUUGUCGCAAUACGACGGCAAGAUCAAACACCGGGACUGGGCGAAACUGCUAAAAUUCCCCGCGCAGGCGGCGGGCAGCGGCGAAACCAAAUGGGUGAUGCCGGAGAAAUUCUUCGACGAGUUGCCGGCGCUACUUAAGGACGCCAAACCGUUGCCGGGCGAAGAAGCCCGUUACGCGCAAAUGGCCUCCCUCGCGGCCAUCGCCAAGGCUGAUCCGCAACUGAAGGCGGCGAUGAUCGAUGAAGCGAAAAAGCCGACAGCGAACAACGGUGCAGCGUUUGGCACCGACUACUUCAGCCGAACCGCCGUGGCGCGCUCGAACAUCUUCGUCAAUCAACAGAAAGAGACCAAGUACUUCUAUCAGGACCUAGACAAGUCCGGCACGCGUCUCAAUGGGCAGAACAGCUACUCCGUGACCUUUGCCAAGGGACAACUGCCGCCGGUGAAAGGCUUCUGGUCGCUGACGCUGUACAACGAGCAGCACUUCUUUUCCCCGAAUGACCUCAAGCGCUACUCAAUCGGCACCAAGAACAAAACCCUG